AGGGCCGGAAGUUCGUCGUGUCUUCUGGUUCGUGGGUGGGGGAGUGUCCAUCAUGGAGUCGCUCCGGAGGCUGAAGCGGUUCGAUGCCUUCCCCAAGACGCUGGAAGAUUUUCGGGUGAAGACCUGUGGCGGCGCUUUCGUGACUGUAAUCAGUGGACUCAUCAUGUUCUUCCUGUUCUUCUCAGAGCUCCAGUACUAUCUUACAAAGGAGAUUCACCCAGAAUUAUAUGUCGAUAAAUCAAGGGGAGAUAAGCUACGGAUAAAUAUAGACAUUGCUUUUCCACAUAUGCCAUGUGCUUAUUUAAGCAUUGAUGCAAUGGAUGUGGCCGGAGAGCAACAAUUAGAUGUUGAACAUAAUCUCUUCAAACAACGCUUGGAUAAAGAUGGCAAGCAUGUGACUCCAGAAGCAGAAAGACAUGAAUUAGGAAAAGAAGAGGAACUAUUCUUUGAUCCAAAUUCAUUAGAUCCUGAACGUUGUGAAAGCUGUUAUGGAGCAGAAUCUGAGGAUAUGAAAUGCUGCAAUAAUUGUGAUGAUGUGAGGGAAGCAUACAGGCGUCGAGGGUGGGCCUUCAAGAAUCCAGAUACUAUAGAGCAAUGCAAGAGAGAAGGAUUUAGCGAGAAAAUGCAGGAGCAAAAAAAUGAGGGAUGCAAAGUGUAUGGAUUUUUAGAGGUCAAUAAAGUAGCUGGCAAUUUUCACUUUGCACCAGGAAAAAGCUUUCAACAGUCUCAUGUUCAUGUUCAUGAUCUUCAGAGUUAUGGACUUGACAAUAUAAACAUAACACACAUUAUCAGGCAUCUUUCAUUUGGGAAGGAUUAUCCAGGUCUUGUGAACCCACUUGAUGGAACCGUUGUCACAGCUCAUCAAGCUUCAAUGAUGUUUCAGUAUUUCGUAAAAGUAGUCCCCACAGUGUACAUGAAAGUUGAUGGUGAGAUGGUGAGGACAAAUCAAUUUUCAGUAACAAGGCACGAAAAAAUAGCCAAUGGACUAAUUGGCGAUCAAGGCCUACCUGGUGUGUUUGUACUAUAUGAGCUUUCUCCCAUGAUGGUGAAAUUAACAGAGAAGCACAGGUAAGAGAGUCUCAACAUUAGCAUGAGUGCGAAGC